GCAAUCCAUCCCCUCGAAAAGGCAAAUCAAAAGCUUGUGUGAUCAAAAUAGCAACACAGAAAAGAAACAACAAUCCAUCUUCAUCUUCCCCACAAACAAACCCACUGCAAUCACACACACACAAAGCGAAAGAUGCUGUUCCAGGUGGGAGGUCAAGGGAGUCAUCCCACCUUCUUCGAGAUGUCCGCCGCUCAACAGCUUCCUUCCAGUCUCCGUGCCGCUCUCACCUACUCCAUCGGUGUAUUAGCUCUAAGAAGACCUUUCCUCCACAAAGUAUUGGAUUAUGAAGACGAAUUCUUCGCUGCCCUAACCCUAAUUCUCGAAACACAUAGCUUACGCACCACAGAUGCAUCUUUUGCAGAGACUUUAUAUGGCUUAAGAAGGAGAGCAGUUAAUGUUCAUGUGAAAAAGGAUGACCUUCAUAUGGAACCAGGAAGUAGAAUUCAACAUUCUGGAAUAAGGAAACGUCAAAAGCUUCUCUCGGUUGUCUUUCUGGUUGUGUUACCGUAUUUCAAGUCAAAGUUGCAUGCGAUCUAUAACAGAGAAAGAGAAGCUGCUCUUCAAGCUAGUCUUUGGGGAAAUGUUAAUGAACGGUUUGAUGAAAGUGACAAUUUUGGUGAUGCAAGCAGUUCAUUUGCUUCAACUAGUGGGUUGGAUACAGAUUUGUCGGUUAGAACACGCUUCAGGAAAAGAAUGAAUAAGAUUGUAGCUACUUGCUACCCUUGGUUGCAUGCUGGAACCGAAGGAUUAGCGUUUGCUUACCAGCUGCUAUACCUUUUGGAUGCUACCGGAUUCUACUCUCCGGGAUUACACGCACUUGGACUUCAAGUUUGUCGGGCUACAGGACAAGAGCUGAUGGAUACUUCAUCAAGAAUUUCCAAAAUAAGAAGUAACGAACGUGAAAGACUACGUGGCCCUCCUUGGUUAAAGGCAGUACAAGGAGCGUUGCUAACUUGCGCUUAUGCAGUUCUGGACUAUGCACAAACUGGUCUGAUAGCUGCAGUGUUCGGUUUCAAGAUGAUGGAAUGGUGGUACCAAUCUGCUGAGGAGAGAAUGUCGGCUCCAACGGUGUAUCCUCCCCCACCUCCUCCUCCUCCACCAAAGGUGGCUAAGGAGGGCAUCCCUCUGCCGCCUGAUAGGACAUUAUGUCCUCUAUGUUCUCAGAAGCGGGCAAAUCCAUCGGCAGUUACGGUUUCUGGGUUCGUGUUUUGUUAUGCUUGCAUAUUCAAGUAUGUUUCACAGUAUAACCGCUGCCCGGUUACAUUGGUUCCUGCAAACGUGGACCAGAUUAGGAGGCUAUUUCAUGACCUGUAGAAGCAGCUUCUGGUCAGAUACAAUGGGAGAUUGACUUAUGGGUUUGCCAUACAAAUUUGAUCAUACAUGUUGAAUUAAGAUGUUAUGAGUUCAUUGUUGUAGACCAAUGAUAAAGCAAGUGAAUCAAGCCUCAUUUUCUUUGUAAAUAAUUCAGAUUAAUGGCGUUAUAUGCUUCUAGUAAUUACAGUAUUAAUGAUUGUUGUGAGCUCAUGAUGUUACAAGUUACAUCUUGAGUACUCUA